GGUCAAGAAUCUGGACUUUCCCCGUGACAUUGUCAAAUAUCUUAAUAAAGUGGUCGAAUACAUUUUGGAUACCUACAUAUGGCGUAGCAGUUCCACUAUAUGGCCAGUGCUCAAGGCGACCGGUCGUGCCCCUGGAGUAGAAGAGGUGAUCCAUCCUGAUAAAUUAGAGCAGUCUUCUGAUGUGCUGACUCGCUCCAUCCUGCUCUCAGACCCAACGACCGGAGCUGUUAUCAUUAAAUCAGAAAAUCUCACCCCUGGGCAAGGUGGCACUAGCCUUGCUGCCUCAAUGCUCUCCGGAUCUCUGACUGGAGUCAGGCAUCAGCAGCAGCAUCUUAUCUCUCUUGGUGGUUUGGCUAAUCUGAGGCGUAGUUCUCGACACGCUGGGGCAGCCGGAAGCACUGUUACUGAAACUGACUCCGUGGUUGGACAUCUUGUAUCCGGUGAGGAUGAAUCGGCUCUUGCAGCGGCCCAGCUGCUCGCCGACCCAGAGACUGGCCUUGGCCGUUCAGGACGCCUAGGAAAGGAUAGCCUAUCUCGUGGUGAUGGAGGCCGACGGCCACUAGGUGCUGAGACUCCGAUGCCAGGUGGCGUGGGCGACACUCCGAUGGGUCAAUCAGACAUGGGCUGUUGCACCUCGGCCUCCCUUGGGCCUGGGCUCGAAGAGGAAUCUACAGUGGUAUCAGGUACAGCAGCCGUCGCCAGUUCUUCUGAACUACAGGACCACACCGAAUUGGGUGAAACUCCGCGACCGCGUUCUGGCCAUGGAGCCAGUGAUCUUUUGUUAUCAAAUGAUGGUGGCGGUGCUGGUGUUGAAGGUCAGAUGAUGCAACUGGGCGCGGCUGGGGAAGAGGUAGAAGAAGGUGAAGAAGACGAUGCGACGACUGGCUAUCCAUACUCCUUAGUCACGGCUCCUGCGACUGCCUGGAUGCCCGGGUGUUACCCCGUCAGACACGACUCUAUUGCAAUCAUUUUUCGGCAGAUAUAUCAGAUUAUGAGCCUUCGCCUUCAUGAUCUUUGCGAGCGACUCGCUCCCUUUACUGGCCUCUCCACCACGAUUGGAUCAGGGCCUGGAGGUGGGAGUGGCUCCGGUGGUAGUGCUGCGGCUGGAGGUGGAACACUUGGACCUGCUAAUACUCCAACGACGGGGUUGCAGCGUGAGUUAAUGCAACGCGUGUGGACCUGCUUUGAGCACGUGAUCGUCACUCGAACAGGCCUCUUGCGCGACCGCUGCCUCGAUCAGAUUUUGCUUUGUUGUCUAUUUGGCGUCGCUAGAAUUGUCUGUUUCCGUCCACUUUCUAUGGUUGACAUCAUUCAGGCAUAUCGGGUUCAGUCGCAAGCGCACCGUGACAUCUAUCGUCGCGUCCUUAUUGACCGUGUGCCCGUGUCCAGCGUUAAGGCAGAAUCGGUUCUGCUUGCUCGCAAAGCAGCCUCAGCUAGCGGGCUAAUUGAGGAGCGCGGUGAUCUGGCCCGCUUUUAUAAUCUUGUCUUCUUACCAAACAUGCGUGAAACACUUGCUAGGCUUUAUUCGCCCCAACUAGCGGCUGCGGCUAUUGCUGCAGGCCAAAUGGCGGCAUCUGCAGCACCUCGGGCACCUGGGUCACUUGUUGGUAAAGGAUUAGGGGGCUCUGGGCCUGCGGCAUCUGCUUCAGGAGUUUCAGGAGCAGCAAAUUCGGCGGCUGCCAUACCACCCACUUCAGUCGCUGGUGGUGACCAUCAUCCUCUGCCAAUGACACCGCUGCCACGUUCCUACGCCGGUUCUCAUGUAUCCCUGGCUAGUGGGGCUGGCAGUAAAGCUGGUCAUGGCCAGCAUGGGUCUGGGCCUUCCGGUGGCCAAAACGCGAUGACAAGCUCCUUUCACACCUUAAGCCAUUCGCAUCAUACGCAUCAUAUGCAUCAUUCACACCAUCAACACCAUGUUGGAGCCUCCGGUCCUGGUGGCAUUGGCUUAUCUGGACUUACCAAUUCACUUCCAGGUGGAGACGGAUAUGUACCCGCCAGGUAA